AUGUCCGAUAACAUCACCGAAGGCCCCCAGUUCCUACGUUCUAUGUCUCCGGACACGGAGCAUGCCCUACGUUCGUUGCCACCGGAUAGCGCGGAAGUAUUCUAUCGUGCUUGGGCAACUAUUCCCGAAGAAAGUUUGCCGAUUCAGUCAAUGCUGAUCAAGCAGUCGGCUAGUAUUCUAGCCGAGAACACCCGCCUCCGAGAAGCCGAACGGCAACGUAUGGAGAACGAGCAUGCUCGUGCCCAAGAGGACCCAAUCCAACAGUUAGCGGAAACCCUCAGACGUAUGCAAACUGGCCCGGUCGAAGGUACGCCAGACACUUCUGAAACCACUCGCUCUACGUUCUCUCGGGACGGUAGUGCACAGAAGGCCGUACGAAAGGCAGUGUUAAAGAACAUCCGUCCUAUCGAGAACUACCAGGGCGCGGUGAAGUCUGAUGCUGCACGGAAGUAUCUACGCGACUGCGAACGCUACUUCCGCGAGAUAUCUUCGUACGCUGGCGCUGAACCAGACGAUAGUACCAAAAUUAUUCAUGCAAGUGGACGAUUGCUAAAGCGCGCUGCCGAAACCUGGCGUGCGUACACGGAUCAAGUUGCCGGUAGAUAUGGUGAAGAAAUCACUACCUGGCAAGCCUAUAAGGAUUGGAUCAAUCGCGAGUUUUCGGAGCACCUCGGACCCGAAAAACGAUGGGAUCGCUUCGCGAACUUAAGGCAAGGACAAUCGUCAUUCCAUGAGUAUGCGAUCAAUCUACAGCAAGCUGCGUACGAUUGCGAAAUCGAUAUUCCGGAACAAGUCCUGAUCCAAUACCUGCGAAUGGGUGCGAACGUGAACUUACAGAAGCGUUGGGCUGAGGAUCGAGAACAAGAUCGCACGACCAUUCUGCAAGACGUUAUUCAACGAUUUAUUGAGUUUGAGCGAGGAGCAAUGGUCGCUGGUUAUAUUAACCGAACGAACCCGGACGAUAUGGAGCUGACUGCCCUACGGUCCCGUUCGAAAGACCUUUCGACAAUUAAGUGUUAUAAUUGUGACCAAAAGGGACAUUACAAACGUAAUUGUCCGGCUCCGAAAAAGGAAAGCAACAGUGGGAAAGGCCAGUCAAAAAACUAA